GUGGUCGAUUUUUAAUCAGUUUUCAACGAGCAGAACAUUAAGGUCGAGCAUUGUCUGAAGAGGUUAUUGUUUUUAACACCUUCGUUACCGUGUUAGUAUUUUGUUGACUAGCGAUAAUUUGUGGAUCUCUAGAGUACUUGAGGAACUUCGUUUAAUUAAGAACUUCAGAAACUUAGACAAUUUGUUUUUCUUACUUCAACUUUUCUUUAUUAACGAUUUUCCUGCUUCGAAAAUUAUGCUUCAUCUGCGAGGCACUUACUCAAGGAAACUGGUACACACUGAAUUUGCAAAUCUUUCACUCGGAUAUCUAAUUUUUCAGUUUGGUGAAACUCAAAUCAAGCGAAUGGUUCGCAUACUGCGUUCGACUGUAAUGGUGCGCGUUGGAGGUGGGUGGGAAGCUCUGGAUAUCUUUCUAUCAAAGCAUGAUCCGUGCAGGGCCAGAGGUCGCCUUAAUAUUGAAAUGUUCUACAAGGAUGUCGCACCAAGUAAUGCAAUCGACACUAUGCGCGCUUUCACUAAAGGACGGCACAGAAGCACGGCUAGUAAAAAUGUUACGUCUGGGCCCGUAAUGAAGGUACGAGAGAAGACGGAACGAAGCAUUCCGAUGUUUUCCCAGCGACAAGACGUAAAGGAAAACCAGAUGGGUGAGGCAAAUUUCUGUUGUCCAAAACUAGUAAGGUGA